AUGACACUGACAAUUCCAGAAGAAUGGAAACUCGACAACAGGAUCGUCCAAAAAGCUGGAAACUGUGUGUUGGAUGUUCCAAAGCUAGUACUAAGCACCGAGGAGCUCAACAUCACCGAUAUGUCUGCUAGCUCGCUCCUCAAACGUCUACAAACCGGAGAGCUAUCAAGUUAUACUGUGACAAAAGCUUUCUGUCAUCGAGCCUGCAUUGGGCAUCAACUUACCAAUUGUUUGACUUCGCUUUUUUGUGACGAGGCGUUAUCGCGAGCAAUUGAGUUGGAUAAUCACUUCAAAGAACAUGGCCCAGUCGGGCCACUUCACGGCUUGCCUGUAUCUUUCAAAGAUGCAUUUCUCAUUAGAGGCCACAAAACCACGUUUGGGUAUUUGUCUUGGAAGGAUAACGUUUCAGAGAGGGAUGGUCUUCCGGUUUCAAUAAUGAAAAGUCUUGGAGUAGUCCCUUUUUGCCAGACGAACAUUGCUCAAGGAUUGUUGUCGGUUGAAAGCACAAACAAUAUCUUUGGAACAGUUCUGAAUCCACACAACACCAAUCUCACUGCCUCUGGAAGUAGUGGAGGAGAAGCAGCUCUGGUUGCAAUGAAAGGGAGUCCAUUUGGUAUGUGUACCGAUGCAGGUGGCUCCAUAAGGUUACCAGCCAGUUCCAACGGUGUAGUCGCAGAUAGGUCCAGUAUCAGGAGACUUAGACUCCAUAGAAAUUUGGUUGAAGGCUAUGAUAGAGGCAGAUAUGUCCCGUUACGACUUUCGGUGCCUGCCUUCUUUUUGGAGAGCGGCAGCGCUCCCGCGGAAGUAUCGUAUUGGGUUUCUUUAUCAGGACGGCAUUACUGA